UUCGAUUGCAUCGGUCGGAGGCGAACGCACCAAAAUGAUGCCCGUUGCAGGAAACAUUCAAACUUCAAGGAAAAAUUGUUUCUCCCAAAAUUAUCCUUUCCGUAAGGACGAGGACGAGCCGGAUGAAGAGGAAUGCGAGAUUCCUCCGACGGAAUACGAAGAUAAUUACCUCUACCGGAGAUAUGAUAAUAAGCCGAAACUGAGACGGGACUUCUUACGGGAGCAGUUCCGGAAAAAGGCCACCCAAACUGUAAUGAAACAAGCGCAGGAACAGUAUGAAACGAUUCACAGCCAAGAGGUCGAAAGGAUGCCCCUGAAGAAACGACCGGACUAUUACAUGGCGAAGGAUAUCAAUAAUGAACCUCAGUACAAUCUGAACAAGACUGAUGAUAUGAUGACGUUUUGGAGUUAUAGGUCGCGAACCAAUGCUUCUCGGAGAAGAAAUACCAAUUUCACAAAGCCCAUCAGCGAGCAAUUGGAUCAACAGUUCGGAUAAAGA